GCCUGUUAUGCGUGCCGGUUCACGCUUGUUCAGGGGCUGCUCCCGGAAGCAGCUGAGGCUGAACGAGACGUGUACUGGGGCGAAGGAGCACGGAUCCUGGCCCUUCGGGUGGGCACCAUGCGGCUGGGCUCCGGGACCUUUGCCGCCUGCUGCGUAGUGAUCGAGGUGCUCGGGGUCGCGCUCUUCCUUCGGGGAUUCUUCCCGGCCCCGGUUCGUUCCUCUUCUAGGACGGAGCACGAAGCAGAGCCCCCAGCGCCUGAACCCUCUGCUGGAGCCAGUUCCAACUGGACCAAGCUCCCACCACCCCUCUUCAGUAAAGUUGUUAUUAUGCUGAUAGAUGCCUUGAGAGAUGAUUUUGUGUUUGGGUCAAAGGGUGUGAAAUUUAUGCCGUACACAACUUAUCUUGUGGAAAAAGGAGCAUCUCACAGUUUUGUGGCUGAAGCAAAGCCACCUACAGUUACUAUGCCUCGAAUCAAGGCACUGCUGACAGGGAGCCUCCCUGGCUUCAUCGAUGUUGUCAGGAACCUCAAUUCCCCUGUACUGCUGGAAGACAACGUGAUCACACAGGCAAAAGCAGCUGGGAAAAGAAUGAUCCUUUAUGGAGAUGAAACAUGGGUGAAAUUAUUCCCAAAACAUUUUGUGGAAUAUGAUGGAACAACCUCAUUUUUUGUGUCAGAUUACACAGAGGUGGAUAAUAAUGUUACGAGGCAUUUGGAUAAAGUGUUAAAAAGAGGGGAUUGGGAUGUGUUAAUCCUCCACUACCUUGGGCUGGACCACAUCGGCCACAUUUCUGGGCCCGGCAGCCCCCUGAUCGGGCGCAAACUCAGCGAGAUGGACAACAUCCUGAUGAAGAUCCACACCUCGCUGCUGUCCGAGAAAAGAGAGAAUCUUUUACCCAAUUUGCUGGUUCUUUGUGGUGAUCAUGGCAUGUCGGAAACAGGAAGUCAUGGCGCCUCUUCCAUGGAGGAAGUUAACACCCCUCUGAUCUUAAUCAGUUCUGCAUUUGAAAGAAAACCUGGUGACAUCAGACAUCCAAAGCAUGUUCAACAGACUGACCUGGCUGCAACCCUCGCCAUAGGGCUUGGUCUGCCGAUUCCAGAGAACAGUGUUGGAACUCUCCUAUUCCCCACCAUAGAAGGGAGACCGGUGAGAGAACAGCUGAGGUUUUUACAUUUAAAUGCGGUGCAGCUCAGCAAAUUGUUGCAAGAGAACGUGCCAUCAUACAAAAAAGAGCCUGGAUUUGAGCAGUUUAAAAUGGCAGAGAGGUUGCAUGGGAACUGGAUCAGACUGUACUUGGAGGAAAAUGCCUCAGAAGUCCUUUUCAACCUGGGAGCCAAGGUUCGCAGGCAGUACUUGGAUGCCCUGAGGACCCUGAGCCUAUCUCUAAGCAGACAAGUGGCUCAGUACGACAUCUACUCGAUGCUGGUGGGGGCAGUCGUGGUUUUGGAGGUUCUAACCCUGCUCCUGCUCAGCAUCCCACAAGCACUGAGCAACAAGGCUGAAUUGGAAGUUCCUCUGUGGUCGCCUGUGUUUUCUCUGCUGUUUUAUUUGAUGCUUCUGGUACUUUCUGCUCUUCAUGUCAUUGUGUGCACCUCAGCUGAUAGCUCCUGCUAUUUCUGUGGCCUCUCGUGGCUGACGGCAGGAGGGGUGAUGGUGCUGAUCUCUGCACUGCUCUGUGCGGUCGUGUCUGCUCUUGCCAAGAUGGCUGCCAAUGGAAAGCUCCUGAGCAAGAAUCCAGCCCAUCCAAACUCACAAUGGUCAGAGUUAGAUGUUGUUAUCUUGUUGGGGACCAUGGGCCACGUGCUGAGUCUGGGUGCAAGCAGCUUCGUCGAGGAGGAGCACCAGACCUGGUACUUCCUGGUUAACACCUUGUGUCUGGCUCUGUGUCACGAAAUCUACAGAAACUGCUUUCUGGGUGAUGACUGUGAGCCCCAGCAGUGCUCACAUGUGGAGUCGGGAUUUGUCAGCACUGCACCUCCGUUACAGGACAGGAGCAUCGGCUGUGAUGUGUUAGAGCCCCACAGAGUGUCCGAGAGCCCCACUUCCCUUCACACACUCAGAGGCUAUGAGAAGUGGAUGGUGAUGGCAAGCCCGUGGGUGAUACUUACCUGCUGUCGGCUGCUGCGGUCACUAAACCAGACAGGUGUGCAGUGGGCCCACCGGCCUGACCUGGGGCAUUGGCUCACCAGUUCUGAUCAUAAAGCUGAGCUCUCCAUUCUGGCCGCCCUGUCACUCAUCAUGAUUUUUGCGCUGGUGCAGAGGAGGUGCUCCCUGACGUCAAAAGUGGCUAUGGCACUUGGCCUCCUGGGCGUCUAUUGCUACCGGGCAGCCAUUGGAAACGUCCUGUUCCCAUGGCAACGAGAGAGCAAAGACAUUUCAAAGGGUCUUAUUGAAGCUCGUUUUGUUCAUGUCUUUGUCCUGGGCAUUCUGUUCACGGGCACCAAAGACUUGCUUAAAUCUCAAGUCAUUGCUGCAGACUUCACAAUCAAGACUGUGGGUUUAUGGGAGAUAUAUAGUGGAUUAGUUCUUCUGGCUGCUUUGCUUUUUAGACCACAUAAUCUUCCAGUUUUAGUAUUUAGCCUCUUGAUUCAGACAAUAAUGACUAAGUACAUCUGGAAGCCCCUGAGGCAUGAUGCAGCUGAGAUCACUAUAAUGCAUUAUUGGUUUGGUCAAGCAUUCUUCUAUUUCCAGGGAAACUCCAACAACAUAGCCACCGUGGACAUCUCAGCGGGCUUUGUGGGCCUGGACACCUACGUGGAGGUCCCAGCUAUGUUCCUGACCGCGUUUGCAACGUUUGCAGGACCCGUGCUGUGGGCCAGCCACUUAGUGAGCUUCCUGAACUCAGAAACUAGCAGUGGUUCCGCACUGAGUCAUGCUUGCUUCUGCUACGCACUGAUCUGUUCUUUUCCAGUUUCUGCGUAUAUCAUUUUGGUGACAUCCCUGCGUUACCAUUUAUUUAUAUGGAGUGUGUUUUCUCCAAAACUUCUUUAUGAGGGAAUGCACAUCCUCAUCACAGCUGCCGUCUGUGUAUUCUUCACAGCCAUGGAUCAGACCAGCACAACGUCAUAGACACUGGGGAAACAAUAUAUUUUUAAAGUCUAUUCACUUCAUGCAUUUGAGUAAUGAAAAAACUCUGUUUAAAUGCAAAAACAUUCUAAAAAAUAUUGUGAAUUCUACAAAGUUGAUUAAUAGCUUCAGUUUCUUCACUGCUAUACUUGAAUUUAGACUAAAUAGUAACUGGUUCAAAAGAUCACUUUAAAAUACUUAGUUUGAACAUGAAUCAUAUUCCCUUGUUGACAGGAGCUCCAUAAACUUCUGAACUUCUCAUUUCCUCUUGGUAAGUUAAGAUUUGACUCAAAUACAUGUGUUGUUGUGGACUUCAGAGAGUGUGGGCACUCACCCAUGCCAGAGUUGGCCUCACAGAGCUCAGACCCCAUCAUGACCCUAGAAACCACUGGAAGUCUCCAGGAGCUCUGGUCAUCGCGGGCGGGAUUUAUCUGUCAACAUGAAGACAUUUCGAAACCUAUUCAUUGAAAAUAAAGAUGCAAAUUCCGUCCAUGUUAACAUAGCAGAUUUUUAAGGAAAAUAAUUAUUUUUCCAAAAGAAAAAUACAUACUGAGGAGAAUAGCAUUGUUUUAUGUUUUUGCAAAUCUCUUUAGUGUCUGAUGGUUAGAUUCUGCAGUCAGUCUGUUGUGAUAUGUGUGUUUGGUUGAAGUAGUCACACACAGUUGGGAGAGGGAGGAGUAUUGUCCUUCUUCUAAUCCUUGUGGAUAUUCUUUUUCAGACUCCAUUGAAACUUGACAGGGGUGCCUGGGUGGCUCAGUCGGUUGAGCAUCCAACUUCGGCUCAGGUCAUGAUCUCACGGUUCGUGA